AUGGCGCAAAACCCGAGCUACCCACCCUCACUGAACAACUUCAUGACUGACGGACUGUGCACUUUUGACACCUGCAAUGUUUGCCUCGAAAGUUUUGACUCUGCUCCUGUUGCAGUUGGCUUUAAUGGCACUAAUGUCUGUAAUCACAUUUUCGGAAGAGAAUGCCUGCAGGAAUGGCUGCUUUCUAGCAGCGCCAACGCGAACAAGUGUCCCACCUGUCGCCGCGAUUUGUGCCGGGCAGAAGAUGUCGCCCAGGCUGAGGAAGACACGGCAGGUCAGGAGGAGGAGGACGAGGACGAGGAGGACGAGGAGAGUGAGGACGAGCAAUUCCCAGACGAUCUGCAAGCUAUCUCAAAUCCAGCGCACGUGUAUGACUUUAUGGUGCAUCUUGCUGCUCGCUUGAAGGAUGCCGUCCGCGAGGACAGCUCUUCAGAAGAAGACGAAGAGGACAACUCGGUCGGUAAGGACGAGGAAUUUGAAAAUGAGGGCGAAGACUUAGAGGAAGAGGAGUGA